AUGGGUCGUUCAAAGCAAUCGCUUAACAAUUCUGCAGCCAAAUCCCCGCAACCUGGUGUCACACCGGAGCCAAAGAACAAACGUCUCACGAAUGGCAAAACGACCCCAUUGAAACCUGGAUCUAAACGACCAGUUCCCGUUGGUAGUGAUGACAGUGGGUCAGAUAUCGAGACAGGUCAUGUCACUGAUUUGAAAAUGUCGCACAAAAAGCUGAAACUCGGUGACACAAAACUUGAGCCAGAAAAACAUGAGAUUGAAAGUGAGGAGGACGAAGACGAUGAAGUGGAAGAUGAUGAUGAGGAUGACGACGAUGAAGAUGAUGACGAUGAAGAUGACGAAGAUGAUACUGGGGACGAUGAUGAUGAAGAGGAUGAAGAUGAUGAUGAAAGCGAGGAAGGCAAGACACCUAAAAAUCUUCAGGCAGGGUUCAGUCCCGGUCCGAAGGUCAUGGUACUAGGCUUCCAGGGGAAUCCCGGUCAUUUGCGCAAAGAAUUCCCGACAUGCAUUGAUGUUCAGUACGAUAAAAAUAAAAAAAAGGCGAUUCUUAAAUUCCCUUCUUUGGAAGUCCGACAAGCUGCCGUCUCAGAGCCGAAAUUCAUAAACGGUAGGAAACUGAAAUUGUCACUGCUGGGUGGUCCAGAACUUAAAACCGCUAUGAUUUUGGGUGUUUCAACUGAUGUGAAGGAGUCUGAAAUCAAAGGGUUGUUCGAUGGCGUGGUUUCAGUAACACGCGAUUCAACUUCCUCUGGGAACCACCAGCAACCGUCAAUUACUGUUGAGUUCAAGACAGCGACGGACUGUGAAAAGGCAAUUUCCUCCAAUGCUACGUUAAACGGCAAACGCAUAACAAUCUUCCUGAAAGGGAUAUUCGUUGAUGAGGUCUCCGGUAAGAAGCCUGAAACCAUCGCUGGCUUGAAACAAGAUGAACCCCCUGCCAAAAGGGCGAAAGCUGCUGCAGUUGUCCCCGGUAGUGGCAAGUUGAAGGUCGAAGUGUUGGGCGAAGUCCCAAAGGUAGAAGAAAUUAGCAGUGUUGAAGAUGAUGACGAAGAAGAGGAUGAUGACGAGGAUGAAAGCGAGGAGAGUGAUGACAGCGAUGAUGAUGAUGUGAGUGAAAGUGAUAGUGAGGAAGAAAAUGAAGAGGAGGACGAUGUAGAUGAGGAGGGGAGUGAAGAUGUCCCCAUGGCAUCGCCCAAAGCCCGUCAGAGUAAACAGCUGCAUAAUACACAAGGCAAGAAGCCGUUUGAGGAAAACCAGAAAAUGAAUAACCGUCCUGGAGGCCGAGGCAACUUCAGAGGUCAACAAAAGUUCGGUGGUGACUUUAAGCACAAUUCACAACGAGGUCAUGGUGGUCAGCCUUUCCGUGGACGUGGCGGGCAAUCUCCUCGUGGCCGCGGUGGCCAGUCCUUCCGUGGUCGUGGUGGCAACAGGGGGGGCUGGUUCAAACGUGGUGAUCAUAACAAAAGCAGAUAG